CACAGCGCGAGCAGCCCCGGUGAAGUAGACCAGACAUCGGACAGAAAAGGAACAGAAGAGUCGGUCAAGGUGAUAAAGGUGGACGAGUUGAGAACUACUUGUACAUUUGUUGGACUAUACUGGGACACAAAUACGAAACAGCUGUACCCGAACGAACACCCACUCACGGCGCUGGUUUAGUUUUAAACCUCUGUAAAUUUAACGCAGCUUUUAUAUCAAGACUUUCUUUAUUUUUGUAACUUUAACGCCACCGAACAGGACCACCAUGCUCAGCCUGUGCCUCGUGUUGAUUCUCUCUGCCUCCGUUUUCUCAGAGUCGCAGGUUCGGGAGACGGAGACAUGGAUGCCCAUGAAGACCACACAGAUGGCCGCCAUGCUGACCCAACGCGACGGCCUGGAGUCAUCAGGAGACUCCCCAAACGGCUCCGACUUUGGCUUCACAGACGACGAGGAUGACGACGACAACGACUUCUACAGCGACACGCUGUACGACGAUGAGGACGAGUACGAAGAGUUCUCUGGGUCUGGAGAUGGAGCAACAACUCUGUCACCUGAGCAAGAGUCCAGGCCAUCAGUUAAGCCUGAUGUGAACGACAACAAGAUCCCGGAGGUGGAGCCCCCGGUGCGACCAACCGUCAACGAGGUGGAACUUGUCAAGGACAGCAACGAAAUCCCCCUGCGGAGGAACGAGGCAGAGACCAGUGAGGAGUUCCCAUCCAACGUCCUCAUGUCCCAUGCCAGCGAAGACAGCAUCUUUAACAAGACGGAGGUCCUCGCAGCUCUGAUCGCGGGCGGCGCCGUCGGCCUGAUGUUCGCCGUCUUGCUCAUCCUCCUCCUCAUCUAUCGCAUGAAGAAGAAGGACGAGGGCAGCUACGAUUUGGGGAAGAAGCCCAUCUACAAGAAGGCCCCCACCACAGAGAUCUACGCGUAGACCCUGACCUCCACCCCCCUGCCCGACCUCACACACACACACAAACACACACCUCGCUCCCUUCGCCCGAUCAGGGCCAGUGCCUCAUCAUCAUGGUCAUCCUCCUCCUCACUUUUCUUCUGACUGUACAGCAGCGUGACGCUCGAUAACAAACGGGAGAGAAGCCCCGACAACGCAAUCGAUUGACUGACUCCUCCUACCUGAUGCAUACUAAUGUUACUGGUGCUGUCUGAGCCAAUCAGAGGCUUUGUUGGUCCACUUCGUCCCUCUCUUUUGGUUUUCUCAAACAAGGAAAAGGAGCAGCAGGAGUGGACUCUUUCAGCUGCAGUACACUGUGAUCAUUUUUGGUCUUGUUUUUAUGAUUUGCCCCCACGUCAAAAAAAAAAAAAGGACGAACAGCAGAACUUAGAAACUGAGGAUUCGGAGAACGUCAGCUCCUCCUCGUUCUUAUCUUCCUCCAGCUUCCAGUUAAAAACACUAACACUGUGCAAUGAUUCUCGUGCCGGUACACAUUAACAGUCCAGUUAUUUAUUUCCCCUCCUCCUCUCAAUCUGUUUCUUGGACUGAAGCUUCUCACACGACUGAGGCAAAUGAUUUUUAAGUGAACAUUUAUAUUUGAUCUAUUUUUUUUUUUAAAACAAACUCCUUGUAACGCAGAGAGAUUUAAGACAUUUCAGUUUUUUUUUUCUUUUAAAGAAAGAAGAGAGUUCCCGUUGUUCAAACUAAUUUUGAUUCAGAAAGGUCUGCAUCACUAUAAUGCUGUGUGGUUUUAUGUUGUGAUCCAUUAGAACUGAUGAUAAUAUUGACAAUAGUUGUUCAUUUAUAUUUUUACAGCUCUCCUAAAGUUAUACAGAGGAAAAGAGAAUCAAACUGGGGUCAAGACGUAUUUGCAAAUGGUUGUUUCUGCCUUUUUUUUCCUGCACAAAGUGCUGAACGAACACUGAGGGAUGAUUCAGUUCAUGUUCUGUAAACUUUCAGAUGCAGCAGAGUUUAUUAAAAUGACCUUUAAAAGACUUUUUCCUUCAAACCUUCUGCCAUGUUUUGUAUCUCCUCCACGGGAAAGUCCCAAACGUCUGGCACGUAGCUCCAGAAGAGUAAGCUAAACUACUCCGGAAAAAGAAUUUGCAAAUACUGUAUGACCCAGGUCACAUAGUCAAACACACGCACACACACUUGCAUAGCACAGUGUUGUCCUUUGCUGCCAGUUUGGAGAGUACUUCAAAAGGAAGACGUUUUCUCACUAUAAUAAUUACCGCUGUGCCUCUGGGGUUUGUUUUCUGUUAUUAUGGUUAAGUCAAACCAGCAAGCUCCUACACGGUAACACACCUACAUUCUUCACACACACACACACACACACACACACACACACACACACACACAGAGCUCAGUCAUGUGUGAAGGGAGCAAAGAUUCAACACCAUGCCGACGGUAGCUGCUGACCCUCUUUCACAAUAAUGUUCAGGCUUUGGGGAAUGAGCUUCUGUUUUGCUGAGUUCAAUGUUCAGACUGAUCCCAUGCUCAUGUGUGCACAGUGAAAAUGAAGCUACAGCCAGCAGCUGCUUAGCUUAGCCUAGCCUAGCCUAGCUUAGCUUAGCACAAAGGCUGAAAACGGGGAAACAGCGAGUCUGAAUCUGUCCAACAGGAUAAAAUCCACCCACCAGCUUCUCUAAUGCACGUUAACAACUGGGAGUGUUCACAUCAUUGGACAGCUGACAACUGUUUUAUGAUUAGAGAGACUUUCGUAAACACGUCAGAAACAUGAAAUUACAAUACUCCAAUAUGACAUAAAUGCAGCUUUGAACACACUGGACUUCGUAAUUUUUUCAUUUCAGUUUUUAUGCUGAUCAAACAAAGGAGGCUGAUGCCGGGACAGAGCCAGACUAACUGUUGUUCCCAGUCUUUGUGCUAAGCUAACUGUAGCCUUAUAUUUAAUGGGCAGCCGUGAGCGUCGUAUCAAUCUUCUUCUCUGUCGGCCAGAGAGCAAAUAAGCCUUGAACUGUUCCUUUAACUCAGCCUCUUUCUAUCCGUGAAGCUUCUCGCUUCAUGGCUGACCAGUGAGGCACACACCUGCUUAUUCACUCAUUCAUUCAUUCAUUCAACGUUUUUAUUCAUGGAUCAACAAAUGUUUGUGACCAUUUGUCCAGUGAAAAGAAACGUUAAGCUGUGUGAUCGGAGAAACUGGUAGUUUUUGGUACUUUUUUAACUCAUGGAGUUGACGCUUUCUCAAUAAGCUACACCGACAGUUUGUUGUUAGUUUUAUAUUUUAUUUUCGUUAUGGGGUGAAUGAGCAGUCACUUAAGCCAUCAUGAACAGGUUGGAUGCUCACAUUUCUUAGCUGAAGCUGGCAGCAGACAGACUGGUCUACCAAGGAUUUGUAUAUAGUCAUUAGAUAAAAAAUAAUAAUGAUUGAAAAAAAAAACUAAAAAAAAAAAACUUGGUACUUAG